AUGCAGCUUGUAGAUCGAGGCGACGCCCCAGCUUCGAUAGGGCAUUCCAAGCACAUAGCAGGACGCCUCUACCACACGGAUUCUCGAAUUCAGCCUCACAUUAGCCGUCAGUCACUUCCGAAGCACAAUCUGCAAACACUCGAGGGCUCGCAGUGUGUGGAUCUCGCUUACCAGGGCACAGAAGAAAUUGUGCUGAGCAACAGAACAAUACUCAAGAUUGGGCGAGACGAGCGGGCGAAUUCGUUUUUAAUUGGUCAAGACGCUGAGAACUACGUAUCGAGAAAGCACUGCGAAGUCUACGUCGUCCUCUACGAACUCGGUAUAAGUCAUGUGUACGUUCGAGAUCGCAAGUCCUGCAACGGGACCUACGUAAAUGGUCUCUGCAUUGGAGACUCUUGGCAAGUUUCGUCGGGCCAUCUCUUGGCCGAUGGCGACGUAAUCACAAUCCAGCCGUACUGGCAGUUCCUGUUCAAGCAGGAAGCGCUCGCGCCAGAAGAGCCACUCAGCACCCUACAGGCGCAGGAGUCACAGCUCUUCCAAGAGAAAUACACCAUUCUGCCCCGGGUGCUCGGUGCAGGGAGCCAAGGGUGCGUCCACCUCGCCGUCAAGACAGCGUCCAGGAAGCAGCUGGUAUGCAAGAUUAUAAAUUUGAAGCAGGCAGGUGUCCGCGGGCGGCAGCAGUCGCCUCAAAAGAUGCUACAAGAGUCCGAAAUAUUGCGUCGACUGAAACAUCCCAACAUCCUAACCUACGUCGACGCGCUGUGGUCCCCGCAUACCCUAGAUCUCAAGCCUGAGAAUAUACUUCUCGCAUGCUCCCCAAAAGUUGCCUACCAGCGUGUUAUGCUAUCCGACUUUGGAUCCUGCGCACUGCCCCUCAGUAACAAACUCAAGACGAACGUUGGGACGCAAAACUUUCAAGCACCCGAGGUCUUGAGAGGAGAGGAGCAAACCGCCGCUGCUGACAUCUGGUCGCUUGGUGUUAUUUCAAUGCUGCUAGUGUCCGGCUGCGGACUCCCUGGGAUCGAUGGUCUGGCCCGACUUGACCAAAGCUCUCUUGGAAAAACGCUGGACGCCGUAAGCGCCGACUGCGAGCAGGCGUCCGCCAACGCCAAGGACUUCAUCCUGCGCUGCAUGAAGAUCAAGGCCAGCGACAGAAUCACCUCCACCGACGCGUACUGCCACGACUGGUUCCACACACCGACCAGCCACCUCGAAUUCUUCCAGAGGCUCGACGCGCGGACGACCGCCCUGUAG